AUGGAAUCCGGUGGCGACUUCUUCUCCUCCGUCACCGAGUUCCGGCUGGAUUCCAAGUGGAUUAUAGAUCCCAUGGACCUGCUCGUCGGCCCCAGGAUCGGAGAGGGAGCUCACGCCAAGGUCUACGAAGGGAAGUACGUCGCGAUUCCCCCACUGUUCCAUCGUUCCUGAUCAGAAUUUCACCGAUCGUCACUCUCAGCCGAUCUCCAAACCGAUUUGAUCGUCUCUUCCUUCUCCUCCUCCUCGCCAGGUACAGAAACCAGGCCGUGGCCAUCAAGAUCCUCCACAAGGGGGAUACACCAGAGGAGAAGACCAAGAGGGAGGGGAGGUUCGCGAGGGAGGUGGCGAUGCUGUCCAGAGUCCAGCACAGGAACCUGGUCAAGGUUUGCUCCUUCAUCUCCCCUGACGGCCGUUUCCAUGUUUACUUGGUUGCUGUGCUCCUCUGUGGUAAUGCCAGCCGCCAUGGCCGUCACAGUUUAUCGGAGCUUGCAAGGAACCAGUCAUGGUGGUGGUCACUGAGCUUCUGCUGGGUGGUUCCCUGCGCAAGUACUUGCUCAACAUGAGGCCCAGGUGCUUGGAUUUGCGUGUGGCCGUAGGGUUUGCCAUCGAUAUAGCUCGGGCGAUGGAAUGCCUGCAUUCCCAUGGGAUCAUCCACCGUGAUCUGAAGCCUGGUAAUUCCCUCCGGUCAUAUCUCUCUGAGUUCGCAUCCAUGGUCUCCCUUGGAGGCAUCUCCUCCUUCCCCAUAAGAAUCAUGCUCAUAACUCAGUGUAUUAGCAUGAUCCCCAUCGUCAUUAUUUACGCUGUAAUCCUUCAGCAUUUAUUUUCUGUUGACUGGCCUCCUCCUGUCUCUUUUUUCCAUUUUUGUAACUGUUCCUAUCGAAUGUUGAUAAACCGAGCUCAUCAGGACAUUUUUUUCCUUUCUUGAGCAUAUUUAUUUCUUUUUUCUUGGGCUCUUGGACUCUUUUGAGCUCUUUUUACUCCAUGGUUUUAAUGGAUGAAGAUCUGGACUAUGUUUCUACACAGAGGGUUGCCAUAGAGGGAAUAUGAUGUAAGCAUAACAUGAAAACUGAGGACUUCUUCCGUAUUCUUUCUGUUAUUCCAAAAUAUUUUUUUAUCAAACCAUGAAAACUGACCAUGUUUAUAUUUUGCCUUUUAUAACUUUUACUGGGUGGGAGCGAUUGUUGCUCCUUGAAUCUUGCUUUCUUCAGGAUCUUCAAGAAAAAUACCUCAAUCGGUCUAGAACUUUAUCUUUCUGCUUUUAAGUAUAAACUGUGGUUCAUAAUAGACAGCUGCCUCCCAUUGCUGGUGGAAUAAUUUUGGAAAAUAGCCUAUGGAAAUUGUCCUCUAGAAUUUAAGGGUUAGAUGCAUUUAUCGUUCUUGUGAUUUGUGUGGGGAGUUUAGUAUUUUAUGAUUGGGUAUCUGAAGAUUCUAAAACUACAUUGGCUGAUUAUGCCCUGAAGAGUUGUUUAUUCAUUAAUUUCCAGGAUUUUCAAGGUAAGGGAGAGAAAUCUCUUCUUUCUUGCGAUUUCUGUGGGAAAUUUAGCAUUUUAUGAAUAUAUAUCUGAAGAUUCUACCCACGACAUUGGGUGAACAUACCUACAUUGGUUCAUGCGUAGAUUAUAAACUCAGAGUCAUGGUUUGAAGGAUGGUCGAGAUUGGCACUUCCUGAAAGAGCAGAGAAUGAAAAGGGGAAUUAGAAUUAUCUACUUGAAUGGUUAGCCUGGUUCUAUUGAACAAAUAUUGUCGACUCCCUGGUUAAUUGACUCUACCAGUAUCCACGAGGCUUGUUUCAAUUUGAAGAGUGAAGAACUUAGAAAGAGAGCUAAGUUCCUUCGGUUUAUCUUCAGCCCUAUUCUUGGUAUCUCCCCUAUUUUUCUACCCAUAUGGUGAGGGGACCUCGGAGAUGUUUUUGGCAGAAGAUUUCCCCACUGCUCAAGGUAGUAGGGGUGUUCAAGUGAUUGUGAUUGUAGGUUAACCCUUUCCUCUCCAUGGAGGCUCUGUUGGAGGUUUUAUUUGUGGAGAGGAUAAUAAUAAAUUUAAAGGCAGACAUUUGUGGAGAGGGUUCCAUCUCUUUUUACGUCCCUAUUCAAUGACUUAACCAGCAUUUAAAUGGGUCGUUUAAAUUAAUAGAGGGAAAAGCUACAGUAAGGGGGCUAAGAUCCCUCAGUUGAACUUCAGCCCUUUUUUUGGUGUUUCCCCUAGUUCUCUACCCGUAUGAAGAGAGGGACCUUGGAUGUGUUUUUGGUAGAAGAUAUUUCCAAGGCUCUCGAUAGUAGCGGCGUGAAAGGAGACUAUGGUAGCUGAGACGUCCUCUCUUCUCCAAGGAGGCCCAGUUGGUGGCUUUAAUUGUGGAGAGACUGAUAAUGAAUUCGAAUGUAGACAUUUUUGUCCUCUCUCUCUCCUUGUUUUCUUUUGAGUGAGAAAAUAGCUUCCAGUUCCAUUGGUUAACCUAAACAGCUGAAUUCGGGUCUCUGUGAAGAAAUCCGUACAGUUAGUGGGCACAUAUCUUUUUGACUUGCCCAAAUUGGUUCUUAUUGUAUGUCCUUCAUUGAUGAGUUUCCUACCCGAAAUUCCUGAUUAAAUUUAUGAGUACAGUUAGUGUACUCUCAGGUUUGAGCUCGAAAACCUCAAACACUAAUUUAUCAUCACUUAAGCUGUUAAAUAUUGGCCUUGGGUGUGUCGGUUAAUUGAUAACAGCUUAUUUGAUCUCAACCCUCAUCUACCCUCAGAGUGUUGUGCCCAUGCCCAUGACACGUAGGUUGUGAACUUUGAUUCGUGGUUAGUCAAUGAGUUUGACUGGAGUUGCCUACCAUUCAAAGACUCCACCACAUCUCUGUGACGGGUGAUCAAGUAGACCACAGAAAAUGAAGAUGAAACGCCAAACGAUUGUUCCCUGAUGAUUCUAAUGUAAAAACGUUUUGGUGGUUGUGGCUUUAGGGUUUUGGUGGUGGAGAAUGGUUUGCAAGAAAAAGAAAAAAAAAUCAGAAAAUUACUUCUUUUUUUUUUUUUGGUGUGGAAACUUGUUAUGAAGAGGUUGCUCGCCGGGGAUAGAAUUCAAAUAUUCACAUCUUAUAUUCAAACAAGAAUGCUUUUUGUGGGCUGGAAUGGAGAUCGUCGUUCUUCCAUUUUGGAAACUUGUUUGUAACAAAGUCUACAUGUUCUGCUGGUUCUGCGUGAUGGAGCAUCCUCCUACCAGCUAUCGAAUGGGCCAUAAAGUGGAAGAGAAAAUUCAAAUAAAAAUUCAGAAAAUAUUCUAGACAUGAUUAAACAUGGCUGCAUUGAAUUUCGUAAGCUGAUCGAGAUGAAUGAAGAUGGGGGAGGAGAUUCAAAAUGAACUACCGAAUUUGGUAAAGAAUAUCUUCUUUUUUUUCUCUCACUUUUCCUUAUAUACCAUCUUCAUUGAUGAAGGUGGAUAGCAACGAUACCCUCUCAUUCUUUUGUUCUCUUCACAGAAUUUCUCUUCAUUACCUUAUGCGUUCUUGCCUUUUAAUGCAAUGGCGACAUAAACCACCUUCAAGCAAAAAACAAAAAAAAAAACGAAACAAAAAAUUGUCAACUGUCCAUCACCAUGGAAGAGAGAGAAACCAAGUGCAUUCUAAACUCGAUCAUUGAUCUGAAACAGACAGACGCUUGGCAAUUCUGCUCAUUCCUUCUCGAGUAUAUCCCCAUUUAUAGCUAUUGACUCAUCAGAUGGAGGGUUUGCUCUCAUUGCCACGAGUGAAUUUUUGUGCCCUCUUAAACUACCACCUCUUAGGACGUCUGGUUCUCUCGUUCAUUUAUUUUCCGGCCUCUCAGAGUUUGGACGUUCUAUUCCACGAUCUUCGCUAGAGAAAUCUACAUCCCUAGUCCCCCAGUUCUUAAUUAAUUUCAGAUUCUGGAGCACACAGAGGUACUUCGCCAUGUUUUGACUUUAUGCCAUUUUUCUUGCUCCAGAGGUGAUAUGGACAUCUCCUGACUUGUCAUUAGCUACUGAGACAUUGCUCAUGGAUCUAAUGGUCUCCAUUCCUCAUGUCUCCCUUCCUCUUUUUUUUUUUAUUCAUUCAGCUCCUGAAAAAUGUAAAAACUAUGCGAUUAUGUGCAAUUGACAACUAAUUUUCCUGUUUCUAAAAUUGUCAAUUGAGUUGGGAUUCAUCAAUUCCAAACCCAUGGACGACAGAUUCCCAUACAUCCCGUAAUAAUUCGGUUAAAUGAUUACAUAUCGAUAUGAUUGUAAUAAGUUGACUUCUGUUGAGAGGAAUCUUUUCUCUUGCUUUCAGAUGAAUGAUACUAAUAAUAGUAAUAAAAAUGCAACACAAUUGGUCCAAACUAGAAGAAAUAAGGAGGAAUUGUUGUCUCUUAAUAGAAAUUCUGUGGGGUGUAUCGUACAAGAAUUUAGAUGAGAUUACUGAUAUUUAGAUCUUGUCAGAAAUCUGAUGAUAUUCAUACCUUCUGUCUUUAUUUCACCAUUUUUUUUUCAUCUAAUCAUUGUGCCCUCGUCAUGAUUGCCAAUCGAUGUGCUGUUGAAUUCAGACUAGUCGGAUUAUCAUAGAAAAAAAGAGAGGAAAAAUCUGCCGUUCGUCUUGCUCCGGAGACCCUAACAACGUCUUCUAUAUUGGUCAGAGAACCUGCUGUUGACCGCUGACCAGAAGACGGUGAAGCUCGUUGACUUUGGCCUGGCGAGAGAAGAGACGUUGACCGAGAUGAUGACGGCGGAAACCGGAACCUACCGGUGGAUGGCCCCGGAGGUGCUCCCUCAGACCUCCCCUACCCCUCAAUCAUUAUUUGAAUCAUCAUGUUAAUCGGGUAAUUUAACUAUAGAAGGAAACUGAAAAAUUGACGACGACAAUGAUGAUGAUGAUUAUUACUAUUUAUUGUCAAAAAAAAUUUGUAGCUGUACAGCACGGUCACUCUAAGGCAUGGGGAGAAGAAACAUUACAACCACAAAGUGGAUGCCUACAGCUUUGCCAUAGUCCUGUGGGAGCUCCUCCAUAACCGGCUCCCCUUUGAAGGCAUGUCCAACCUCCAAGCCGCCUACGCCGCCGCCUUCAAGGUAAGACCCGUCCCAGUUUCUUCUUCUGAUCAUCACCACCAUCACCAAUUCUUCUGUGUGCUCUAGCUCGUGCUUGAUUGAUCUAUUGAUGAUAUGUGAUGGGCUGUGGAAAUCAUCUAUACCAGUUCUUCUGUAAAAAAAAUAAAAUCGCAGAGAAGAUGAACAGUCUUGGGUUUUUCUGACAAGUUUCUCUCACUAGUUUCUCUUGUUUUGAUCAUCAUCUAGCUCGUGCUUGAUUGAGCUGGAAGAUGUUUACAUGCACCGGAAAUCAUCUGACAGUUUUUCUGUGAAAAAAGAAACAAAAAAAAUAAAAAUCGCAGAGAAAGUGAAGAACAGUCUCGAGUCGUCUUCUUCGCUGCUUCUUUGAUUGAUAAUUUCCGAUGAUCAUGAUCACAAAUGACAAAAAAGAAGAGAGCGAAAGAGAAAGAUCUGACGAGUUUCUUCUUGCUCGUUGCUGCUGCUGCUGCUGCUGCUGCUGCGAGUGAAGAACGUGAGGCCGAGCGCCGACGACCUGCCGGAGGAGCUGGCGGCGGUGAUGACCUCCUGCUGGAAGGAGGACCCGGAGGCGCGGCCCAACUUCAGCCAGAUCGUGCAGAUGCUGCUGAGCUUCCUCGCCGCCAUGUCGCCGCCGCCCGCCGCCGGGCCCGGGCGGGUCUUCACGUCGGAGAACGCCGUCCUGCCGCCGGAGUCCCCCGGGACGAGCUCUCUCAUGGCCGCUCGGGACGGCGGCGCCGCCGAGGGCUCCGGAGACCGCCGCCCCAGGGGGGGCAUCUUCUUCUGCUUCAGCCACUGCUACUGA